AUUACACACUAUCUAUAAGGUUAAGAUUUUAUGAUUAUUUUUUGUGUAUUAAUGUUAAAAACAUUUCUUUUACGGUUGAGGUUAUGUGAGCACAUGGUUAAUAACUGUUUUAAUACUUAUUUAUACACACCAAACUAGCUUCUCUUAAAGUUUUGAGGAAGGUAUACUUCUAAAUUUUAACACAAAUGGCAUCUGUUGAGAAAGCUAACCCUGAAAAACCUGGACAGGAAUCUGCCCCAAUCCACCACAUUAGGAUUACUUUGACUUCUCGCAAUGUUCGUUCAUUGGAAAAAGUAUGUUCAGACCUAAUUGAUGCUGCCAAAAGGCAGAAACUUAAAGUAAAGGGACCAGUACGUAUGCCAACCAAGAUCCUAAGAAUUACCACCCGUAAGACACCUUGUGGUGAAGGUUCCAAAACUUGGGAUAGAUUCCAAAUGAGAAUUCAUAAGAGAGUUAUUGACUUACAUUCCCCAUCAGAAAUUGUCAAACAAAUCACUUCUAUCAACAUUGAACCUGGUGUAGAAGUUGAAGUUACCAUUGCAGAUGCUUAAAUAUAUUUUUCUAAAAUACAAAAUGUUACUUUGUAAGUAAUAAAAAGUGUUCU